GGGGAUAUCAAUUGAAGCAUCUCUUUCUUUUCAUUAGAUCGAUCACUUCAUGCACAGAAUGCCCUCCAGUGAAGGUCUUUAGAACUAACGACGGGUGCCUGUCGCGCCCUUUUUAGACAAUUUAAAGACGACAUCUCGCCAACAGCGUCGGGCAAUCGCAUUGCUUUGUCGCCCUCCUCGACCGCAUCCAGUAGUUCCCUCCUCGACAAUCGCCGCAUGAGUGACCUUACGAAUUAUCGUCGCGAUCUCGCCGUCCUCGAUCCAUCCGGUGGUCGUGUUCCACAAAUUCAACGAGAUUCCCCGAUGGCUAGUCCGAAUACCCAGAAUAUAGCUCCUUGGAUGUCCGUGAACGGCGGCGCGGCCGCGUCCCCGACCGGAUUUGGCACGAGCUUUUAUAAUGAUUCUAGCGAUAAUGUCUCUACGGCUUCGCAACUAUCGCCUGCCCUUAGAAUGGGCUCUUCAAGACCUGCUCAAGCUUCGAGUAAUGAUUCACCCGAUGUAGCGUAUUUUACUGAUGAUAGGCGGCCAUCGGCGGCCAGCGUGACAACGGCCAGUAGCCAAGGUUCGAAAAACAGUGGUAGCAGAGGCGGGUUCAAGAAAUUACAGGGGUUUUUCGGGGAAGAUUUCCCAGGACGCGACUCGUCCGAGACCAGCCUUCCACCACCACCUCCUUCCCAAAAUCAAGGGAAAGAACAACGCUCUUAUUCAUUUAAUCGGCCACGUCGAGGAAGAAACGAUUCUAACGCCACCGACCACACUAGAGAACCAUCACCGGCAUCCUCCCGACCACGAACGCCCGUGCCAUCGAGCGAAGUAGUCCCAUUUUUAUAUCAGGAGGCUAACGAUAUUGCUAAAUACGGUGAAGCUCCAGUCCGUGAUAUGUUAGCUGGUCCGGAUAAAGAGCGCUAUCAGCAGGAGACAUUUGCGCAGAUACCGCCGAAGACCUCAUCUUCGCAACGCUCCGGGCAUUCUAUCGUACACCUAUCUAAUCAUCAUCGUCAUCAUAAGAGCAACGAUGACCCCAAUACACUCAGACCUGUAGUCAGCCGGGAAGACUCGAUUUUAAGCAUCGCCAACAUGAAGGACAGAGGAGGUUCCAUGCCGACAGCGUCGCGAUCGCGAGCACAGAGUCCCACUCCAAGCAGUAACAGUACCGGCAGUAGACUCGCAUCUAUCGAUGGCCAAACGUCGCCUGGUGCACCCGGGAAACGAGGCAUCUUUGAUCGCUUACGACGACACAAGCACAAAGAUGAUCACUCCAGCCGCUUAAGAGGCAUGCCUACUUCUACACGGUCUCUCGCGCCCUCUGCAUCACGGCUUGAUCUGACGAAAUCCCAAUCGCCUUACGAUAAACCACUUCCGAGCAUAGAUUCCCCGGGCCCUCCAGCCCGGCCAACUAAUCCUCGACAAGCGACGUUUAAUAACAAGUUUCCGUUCGCUAAGAAGGGGCGUCCGCACAAGGCUUACGAUGACCCCGAUGAGCAUAUUGGCCCGACCGAUAGAAACGAUAGGGGCAUGGUGUUCCACCUAGAUACGAAUCUUAACGAUAUGGAAGGUAUCUUGGCGCAACCCCAACCGUUAACGCCGAUGGAUAGUACGAAGAUGUUCCAGGAACAAACAGAUAUCGAGCUUGUCGAACCAAUUUCAGCCCUAGGAAACGGAGCGUGGAAUGCGCCAGACAGCUGGGCUGUCCGUCGUAAUGCAGAGGAAAGGGAUGUACAUGCGCCCGAGGUCGACGAUGUUGGAACGCCACCCCGGCCCGAAGAGAAAUUGAGUCCUCACUGCAUACGUGUGUUCCGCGCCGAUGGUACUUUUGCUACAGUGCAGAUGCCCUUGAACUCAACAGUCGGCGACGUUAUGGCGCAAGUCGUUAAGAAGACCUUCGUCACUGAAGGUCUUGAGAACUAUCAUAUCGUAUUGAGGAAGCACGACUUGUCUCGGGUCUUAUCUGGCCCGGAGAAACCACUAUUGAUUCAGAAAAGACUACUACAACAGGUUGGAUACGAAGAGAAAGAUCGCUUGGAAGAUAUCGGUCGAGAAGACAACGGUUACCUGUGUCGCUUCUUAUUUCUGUCGGCAAGAGACAAUCAUUUCCAAAUGAGUCCUCAAGACCUUGGAUCCGGUAGGGCCACGAAGUUUAAUCACGUUGAUCUCUCUGGACGAAACCUAAUUACGAUCCCAAUAACCCUCUAUUCUAAGUCUGGCGACAUCAUCUCUCUGAAUCUUUCCAGGAAUCUUUCCCUCGACCUCCCGCGCGACUUCGUUCAAGCAUGCCCUCAGUUACGGGACAUCAAAUAUUCUAAUAAUGAGGCGCGAAAACUUCCUAUCAGCAUUGGAAGAGCAGGCCGGCUUACAUACCUUGAUGUGUCGAACAACCGCCUAGAGGACUUGGAUCAUGCCGAGCUCGGCCGUCUCACAGGUUUAUUGAAGCUUACCUUGGCAAACAAUCGUCUAAACCGCCUGCCUCAGGAGUUUGGCUGCUUCAAGGCGUUGCGAUCUUUGAAUCUAUCUUCGAAUUUCUUGGAAAAAUUCCCAGUUUUUCUAUGUGAUCUGGAAAGUCUGGUAGAUAUCGACGUUAGUUUCAACUCUAUCUCAAGUCUCCCCGACGAGAUCGGUGGGCUCCGGAACCUUGAAAAAUUCGUCAUGACCAAUAAUCGACUUGCGGGAUCAUUACCAUCGACUUUGAGAGAACUGGUAAAUCUUCGAGAAUUGGAUAUUAAAUACAACACCCUCACCGCCAUCGACAUCGUAUCGGACAUGCCCAAGUUGGAAAUUCUAUCCGCAGACCACAACACAAUAUCCCAAUUUGUGGGCAGUCUCGAGCGAGUCCGGAAUUUGAAGCUGAACUCUAACCCCAUUACUAAGUUUGAGAUAACAAGACCUGUGCCUACUCUGAAGCAGCUCAACUUGUCGAACUGUCAGCUUGCCAGCAUCGAUAUCUCGUUCAAUAACAUGAUCAACUUAGAGAAGCUUGUUCUAGACCGGAACUAUUUCGUAUCUCUCCCUAAUACCAUUGGUAACAUGAGAAGGUUGGAUCACUUCAGCAUUGCCCACAAUUCAGUGGGCGAGUUACCCCCAGAAAUUGGAUGUCUAAAUGAACUCAGAGUUCUGGAUAUCAGAGGAAACAACAUUAGGAAAUUGCCAAUGGAUAUCUGGUGGGCAAAUAAAUUGGAGACGCUGAAUGCUUCCUCCAACGUGCUCGAAAAUUUCCCAAAGCCUGCGUCACGUCCGCCUCAAAUACCCGGAGAAUCUUCAGGCACUCCUACUCCUAACAAUAAAACGCUGACAGGGGCCUUGUCUCAAACGUCCAGCUCCGAGGAUCUCAUGCCCGAUGGAUCUCGUCGACCCAGCCAAGCAUCAAGCACGUUGCUUAGCGUCGGGCCUUCUCCCGUCCCUAACGGAGCGGACCGCAAGAGUUCUGUUGUAUCUGUCUACGGGAAGGGAGGACGGAAAACCUCGGUCGUCUCGAGAGCCACGACGGCUAGUAGCAGUAUUAAUGGAACUAUGACUCCGUCUGCAACAUCGAGAAAAGACUCCGGGCUUUCCAAUCGGCUAACUAGCACAUUCGCCGGCUCAUUAAGAAACCUAUGUCUUGCCGACAAUCAGCUCGAUGAUGAUGUGUUCGAGCAGAUUAUACUUCUAGCUGAAUUGCGCGUUCUCAACCUAUCAUAUAACGACCUCAGUGACAUGCCACAGCGCUGCAUUAAAAAUUGGCCGCAGCUUGUGGAACUUUACCUCUCGGGUAAUGAUCUGACUAGUCUGCCGGUUGACGAUUUAGAGGAGUAUAGCUUGCUUCAGGUGCUUCACAUCAACAACAACAAAUUCACGAACCUGCCAGCAGAUAUCUCCCGGGCCAAGAAAUUAGCCGUGUUGGAUUGCGGAAACAAUUCUCUGAAGUACAAUAUCUCAAACGUACCAUACGAUUGGAAUUGGAAUCUAAAUCCAAACUUGCGAUUUCUCAACUUGUCAGGAAACAAACGCUUGGAGAUCAAACAGAUAAUGCUUGGCCCAGGGGCUCUCAAUCGCGAGCAAUACACUGAUUUUGGUCGACUGCAGAAUCUCCGUGUGCUCGGAUUGAUGGACGUCACUCUUACUAACCCAAGUAUUCCAGAUCAGAGUGAGGAUCGCCGUGUUAGAACGUCAGGUUCAUUAGCUGGCCAUUUACCAUAUGGUAUGGCUGAUACGUUAGGGAAGAACGAGCAUUUGUCAACUAUUGAUCUGGUCGUUCCAAGGUUUAACUCUUCGGAUUCGGAAACACUCCUUGGAUUGUUCGACGGGCAGGCGCUGUCUAGUGGUGGCUCUAAGAUCGCUAAAUACCUGCACGAGAAUUUUGGUCAUAUCUUCACGAUGGAGCUGAAUUCUCUCAAGACGCGUCAGAACGAGACUCCUAUGGAUGCGCUCAGGCGUGCAUUCCUCGCCCUCAACAAGGACCUUGUCACCGUUGCCAUCGAGCAUACCGAGAAGAGAUCAUUAAUGUCGCAUCGUGGUUCAUCAGCACCGGUAGUCCUUAGCAAGGAAGACCUCAACUCAGGAGGAGUUGCCACUGUAGCAUAUCUUCAAUCCCAAGAGCUUUACGUCGCCAACGUCGGUGACGCGCAAGCUAUGCUUAUUCAAUCUGACGGUUCACAUAAGAUCCUAACUCGGAAGCACGAUCCUGCCGAGCCGAACGAGCGUCAACGAAUACGAGAUGCCGGAGGCUGGGUGUCACGUCAGGGGAAGCUCAAUGAUUUACUCGAUAUAUCACGUGCUUUUGGCUACGUCGAUUUGAUGCCAGCCGUUCAGGCGGCUCCUAAUAUUACACAGACCUCGAUCACACCGCAGGAUGAAACGAUCUUGAUCGCUACAAAAGAGCUAUGGCAGUAUCUUACCCCUGGUUUAAUUGUUGAUGUCACCAGAUCAGAGCGAGGGGAUCUUAUGCGCGCCUCGCAAAAGCUACGAGAUCUUGCCAUCGCCUAUGGCGCAAAUGGAAAAAUCAUGAUUAUGAUGAUCAGUGUCGCCGAUCUCAAGCGGCGCCAGGAACGGUCAGCGCGUCUGCAUAGAGGGCAGAGCAUGUCGCUAUACCCUUCCGGAGUUCCAGACGAUUUUCAAUUUCCAGCCAAGCGAGGCAGGAAGGCGAAGGGCGAAGUUCAAGACUCCACAUUACACAGACUUGAAGCUGAAGUCCCUGCCCCGACUGAAAAGCCUUCUAUCGUAUUUACCGAUAUCAAGAACUCAACUAAUCUGUGGGAGAUGUAUCCAUCUGCUAUGAGAUCUGCGAUCAAACUUCACAACGAGGUGAUGCGACGCCAACUGCGGAGAAUCGGCGGAUACGAAGUUAAGACUGAAGGAGAUGCUUUUAUGGUCUCCUUCCCUACUGCCACCUCGGCCUUGUUGUGGUGCUUCUCCGUCCAGACUCAUUUACUCAAUGUGGAUUGGCCCUCGGAAAUUCUCAACUCUGUUUCCUGCCAAGAAACGUACGACAAAGACAACAAUCUCAUAUUCAGAGGUUUGUCGGUCAGGAUGGGUAUCCACUUCGGUGAACCAGUGGCUGAAAUUGAUCCCGUGACACGGCGUAUGGACUACUUUGGCCCGAUGGUGAACAAAGCGUCUCGUAUAUCUUCCGUGGCCGACGGAGGUCAGAUAACGGUGUCGGCGGAUUUCAUUUCCGAAAUCCAGCGUUGCCUUGAGACAUAUCAAGAAAACGAACGAAUUGGGUCUGCGGGUUCCGACGAUACGUUCGAUGACGAUGUAACAUCUGGGUCAAUUAGAAGGGAAUUGAAAUCCCUAAGCUCACAAGGAUUCGAAGUGAAGGACAUUGGUGAACGAAAACUCAAGGGUCUCGAAAACCCCGAGUACAUAUACUCUCUAUAUCCGCAUGUUCUCGCCGGCCGCAUUGAACAUCACAGCGCUGCGACAACGGCUGAGGUCGCUGAGAAACCUGCCACACUUCAGGCUGGAAGUGAUCUUGGAUUCGAUCCGGAGAUCAUUUGGGCUCUUUGGAAAGUCAGUUUGCGGUUGGAAAUGCUUUGCAGCACUCUAGAAGAAAUGUCCGGUAGAGGCUUACAACCUCCCGAGACCGAACUCUUGGAGCGCAUGCGACAACGUGGUGGCGAGGUUACUGAACGGUUCCUAUUUAACUUCAUGGAGCACCAAGUGAGCCGUAUAGAGACUUGUAUAUCCACACUGACGAUGCGACACAUCGCCAUGGGCAGUGGUCCUAUCCACUCACUAGAAGAUCUACGAACACCAAUGGCCGUCAUACUCGACAAUCUUGCCAUUCAGAUGGCUGAGCUCGAGCGAUAUAAAGCCAAAUUUGGAGACCUCCCCACCGACAGCGAAGACGACGAAAGCGGUGUCUAUGAGGACCAAAUCUAAUUAGCCACACACCCGAUGCUCCUCGCAUACAUCUAUUCCCCUGUAUUAUAUUACUCCUAAAUUUGCUUUUCAGUUCUAACAUC